GUCUAACUCGGACGCAGCAAAUCAUAAGACUUGUCAUUUAUGAAUCCAGUAUUCCAUUCCAAGUUUAUGUGCCCCAGUAAGUAUGGUAGCCUGUAUACCCAUGUGGGUCUUCUUCGGAUAUCCCAAUUCCAUCUCAUUAUUAAAAUACUCUCAUCGCAAGCCAACUAUUGAAAUAAAAUAUACCUCAUGUUGGUUCAGAAUUGACCCGGUUGCUUCAAAACUUAAAAUUUGGAUUAAUAAUCUAUCUUGUUAUACGGAGCCAAGGUGCCUCAACGAGUAAGACAGGGAACCUGGCAAAGGACAACGUAAAGCUGUUCGUGUGGGACGAAAACCCCAGGUUUUGAGCACACAUUGGCGGGCACGUUGAAGAUCAUUUGACAGCGGAUAUCUAUAUAAAAGUAGAACGUAGCGCCGCUGUCCACGCAAACUUUUCCCCAUAGCACACUGUAUGGCGUAUGGCCGUCUUCAUUAGCCCAGACGGAGCAGAACAGUGGGACGUUAAACCCCAUUUCGUUUCAUAUCACCUUCUUAUACAGUGUCCUGCUAAUCGCCGAUAAGAACGUUCUUUUGUUGAAAGAGCACAAAGUAUUGCAAAAAAGUGACUAGCAAACCACAUCCAAAAUUUAAAUUAUUUCAUGAAACAUUGACAAAAAUAUGGCCGGUUGAUACUUUGUAAGUUCUUGUUGUUGAUUAGUAGGACUACUUAUACAGAUCCAACCUCAUGUGUUUUCUCCGGUCUUCCAGUUUCCCCUCUCUCUCUCUCUCUCUCUUAACAACUAAGGGUUGCGCACUCGUACAAAAUAUUAAAUUCAAUCGUUAUUUGUACGUACGUAAAAAACGAAGAAUCCCGACUGAGGAAAUUUUAAUUUCAUUUUUCGGUGCGAAGGUUGAAACUUUAAUGUGAGCAAGAAACUUAACUCAUUGUGACAAAAAAAUCGACCUCUGUAACGCCAGAUGGUGCAAUCAACUUUUCAACAAGUUAAAAAAACCAUUCAAAUAGUAACAUCAAACAAAAACUUAAAACUCUCUCUCUCUCUCUCUCUCUCUCUCUCUCAUUGAUAUCAUAUCGUUGAUUAGAAGGACAUCUAAUACGGAUUCAUGAUAUUACUUUGUCAUUGAUUAAUUUCCCAUUUAGGAUGUUUGGAUUUGGCAUUUUCGCAAAUGGAUUAGCGUUUAUUGAGUAACUGAAAAAUGAAAACAAAAUGAAUAGGACAUUUGUCCCUUGAAAACAUUUGGAUGAAGUAUCUUCCCCCAACUCUAGGAUAGAGCACAGGAUCUCCGGGCUAGCUAGCCAACGUUUUACUUACUGAGCCCUUAUAUAAGUAAUGCACUUUUAUAUUCUUAAAACAACGAAUACGUAGAGGGGAUGGUUCAUUCGCAAGUAAAUAAUACAUGGGAUGUAGUUUCAAGAAAACGAAUAUCUUGAACGCACUUGGACGUUUAAUAAUGGGAAAAUGUUUUCACGCUUUAUUUAUUUCUUAAAAGGUUGGUCUUCUAGAAUUAAUUUUACUACUUAAAUGAUUCAUUUUAUAAAUGUCACGAAAUGUCUUUUUUUCUAUUAAUGAGGAUUAAAUGUCUCUAGGAGUUGCCAAGUCUAAUUUGUUUUAAUGGUGUUUAUGUUACACUACAAAUAAAGGAACAACACAAUUGUUCUCUUAUACCACGUACGAGGCAUUCGCUCUCAGUAAUGGCGAGGGUUAGGAUGGCGGUAAAACAUCACGUGAUCAAACAUACGCCAUUGAUGAAUCACAUGGUAAUUUGUAGUCUCUGUCAUACAGUCAUAGCUGUAUGGGGAAAUGUACCCGACAAACUUUUCCAUACAUGCAUACAAUAUGUAUAUGUUUGACUUGUAAUGUAAUCCAUAUAUAUAAACUGCUUUGAAAUUCCGGACGCGUAAUACUCGACUGGGUGUUCGAGUCUGGUUAAUUUGUUGACAAUGGACUAUUAGAGCGGAUGUGGAACAUUAAGAUAUUAAUUCGUUGGCACACUUCUUUGACCGUAAACUUUGCGGUCAGCUUCGCAGAUGGAAAAACCUGUCUGGGUUAUCACUUAGUCGAAUUAGUUUGCCUGAAAGCUGUGAAGUGUGGAACUGUAACCAUGUGCGUAAUAAAAGGAUAUUCCACGGAAAUUAUUUGACAUGAUAUGUGAUUACUUGCACCCUGUACUGGCUGUAGUAAAAACAACUGUUAGCUGAAUUGGUGUACAUGUGUUGGGUUUUAAGAAGAAGUUUCCAUCAUGGUUAUACUGAUAUAUCUGCAACAUUUGACAAUCCUUGUUGCUGCAAGUCUAUUGACAAUUAGUGGUGCAGGUGGUCAUAAGCUAAUGGUGUUCCUGCUGGACGGGGUCAGAUGGGAUUAUCUGGACAGGGACUCAGCAAAUUUACCGGGAUUUAAACGAAUUAAGGAGAGGGGUGUCAAGGUGGAGUCUCUUGUACCUGAGUUUCCCUCUGUGUCUUACCCUAAUCAUUAUUCUCUCAUGACAGGUUUACACUGUGAGAAUCAUGGUUUUGUUGACAAUGAUAUGUACGAUGUUAAUACGGGAAAGUAUUAUCCACCGAAAUCUGGUAAAGAAGAAGAUAAAAGUUUAUGGUUUGAAGAAGGCGAGCCUGUCUGGAUAACUGCAACAAAAGAGGGAAAGAGUUCUUAUAUGUAUAAUUGGGUCGGAGGUGAUGUAGAGAUACAUGGCACGAGACCAGAUUAUUUUAGACCAUAUUCACCAGUCAAAAAAUUAAAGUAUUUUAGACGAGAUAUUGAUCAGGGUCUGGAUUCUCUAAUGAAUGGAACAGCUGAUCUAGUGGGAAUAUACCACGAAGGCGUUGAUGACAUGGGACAUCGAUACGGUCCGGAUUCAACAGAGGUUUACGAUUGGCUGAAAAACGUGGAUGCCGAGUUUGAUCGAUUAUUAACAAAAAUGACGGAUUUAGGUGUAGAGAAUGAUAUAAAUAUAAUGAUAUUUUCUGACCAUGGAAUGACGGACGUUUCUCUCACCCGAGUGAUAAAUAUCACCUCACUACUGCCCAUGGAUAAAAUAGAUGCAGUCAUCAAUGGCUACGGUUCCAGAAUUUCAAUAUGGCCGAAAGAAGAGUCAAGAAUGGAGAUCUACAAAUUACUAAAGAAUUAUGAUCGACAUAUGACGGUUUAUCUAAAGGGAGAUAUACCCUCGCGAUGGUAUUAUACCAACAACAGUCGCAUCGCACCGUUAUUAUUAGUAGCUGAUCUUGGUUGGUAUAUUGAUACGCCUGGGUUUGGGUUUUAUAAAUAUGAUACUGGAAUUAUGAAGGGCGAGCAUGGAUUUGACCCAGAACUCAAAGAUAUGCAUGGAAUGUUUCUGGCAAUGGGACCAAAUUUCUUGGAGAAUUAUGAGAGUGAAUCAAUCAGAAAUAUCGACUUAUAUCAGAUGAUGUGUAAAAUACUAGAUAUUGAAGUUCUACCUAAUAACGGCACGUGGCUCAACGUGGAACAUUUCUUUUUAUCUAGUGGAAAUACACGUACAAUUUCACUUACUACAAUAUUACUAGGAUUAGCCACUCUUUCUAUUUACUAAACCUUCCUGGUAUAUUGUACUUUUCUUGUUAUAAAGAUGUAAUUUUUAAUGGAAUGGGACAAUGAAAAAAAAAAAUCUUGUGUGAAAACUAAUAUACACAAAUUUGUGUUCUUUUUUCGCACAUUAAAGGAGCUAAACAGCUAAUAUUUGGGACCUAGAAAUUGACACAAAUGAUAUUAAGUUAGAGACUUAGCUACUUUAACACAAUCCUGUGUUUUUUUCUAAUACAUUAAAGUAGCUAAGUCUCUAACUCAAUAUCAUCCACAGUCUUCGACAUUGAAAACUCGAAUUAUUUGUCAAUUUAAAUCAACAUUGAUGUUGUGAUCUUACCGGGAAAAGAUGGGCUUCGGAUAUCCAAUAUUCAAUACAAAAUAAACAUUUUACCAUUGGUACACGAAUCGUGUACCCGAAUGCGUUUCAGUACCAUUUGUAACAAGGGACUCGAAGAACGAGGCUAGACAUAUUCCACAAGUUAUGUCAAACGGUGACCCAUAUUCUUACUGGGGAGCAUGCGCAAUAAAAAUUACUGGAGUAGACUGGAAUAAAGAGACGCGAGAUUGCCAUUCGAUUGAGACUCUUCGCGUAUUUCGUCGAACAUAACUAAUUUGAAUUUGGAGUAAAAACGGAAACGAUUGAAUGUAAAUCAGUUUAUAUACAUUCAUAUUACAUGGAUAUAUGCGUUGCGACCCAUUUGUGUCAAUUUCUAGAAUUAUAAAAUCAUGUGUUUUUGUUUACAUCUAAUACAUGUAAUGUGUGUUCAA